AUGGACUCGGACACAUACAUUUUUAGGAACCGCGUCAAUUAUUUGGUGUCCGAAUUGAAGCUGCCCACCGUUGACCACAUCGCAAUGGCGAAGGACGGCUGCAAGGACGAGUUCAACAGCGGGGUGAUGGUCUUCAAGCCGGACCUCGAGGUCUUUAAGGCGAUGCUAGUCAUGCUCUCGCAGCGCCGGCGGGAGCAGAUCCUUGACCAGACCCUGAUCAAUGAUUACUACAAAGGCAAGAUCUUCCCGAUCGACCGCAUGUUCAACUGCGUGGACACGGUGGGCAUCCAGCCAGGCGGCUGCUCGAGCUCGUGCGGCGUCCUGGCGCCCCCGCUCUGGCCUGCAUGCACACGAACUUCGGGUCCUGCGGGAAGUGGUCCGAGUACUAUUGCGACAUCCGCAGGUACAGCAGAAGACUCUCGACAGGGCUCCAGGAUCAGCUCAAGAACCGGGGUCCUGCUGCCACCCGCACUUGAUGACAGGAAGGGAGAAACAGAAGGCUGCCAAAGGGAAUAA